AUGGCACUUUCCUUCAAGGAAAGUUCAGGUGUGAUGAAUGAUGCCAUAGUUUGGUAUCUUAAUGAGUUUCUGGAUCUUUUAUCACAUCCCUGUACGCGAACUCUUCGCUUUGAUUCGAGACACAGCGGACAUAGAAAACUUAUAGAAUAUAAGGAACUAAAAAUAGAAUUUCAGAACAUCGAGCUAAAGAAUCUUCUUAUUCUGAUAGGUUUUGGUUUUAAAGUUUAG